UGGUCGGUUCUCGGGAUUAGAGGGUGGCCAUUUCCUUCGUGUGUCGUCGGUGAGAGGACCUGUGGUGGGUUGUGGAGUUCGGCUAUCAUGGCGGAAAUAACUCAGGAACGUGUAGAGGAUCGACUUCCCGAAUUACAACAGCUGGAGCGCACUGGACUCUUCAGUGAGGCGGAGAUUAGGGCAGUCAUUAGGAAGACUUUAGAACUAGAAUAUGGAAUACAGCGAAGAAGUCUUUCAAAGGACAGCUUUAUCAGAUAUGUUCAGUAUGAAAUUGAGCUUUUGGAGCUGAUCCAGAAAAGAAGAGCUCGUGUUGGAUAUACAUUUAAGAAGGAUGAGAUUGAGGACCCUAUGAUACGUCGGAUACAGAGUGUCUUCCAACGUGCAUCGAUUAAGUGGAAAGAUGAUGUUAAACUUUGGCUGUCUUUUGUAGUCUUUUGUAGGAAGUGGGCUGCCAACGUUCAACUUAGCAAGUUAUUUUCUUCCUUGUUGGCCUUUCAUUCGAACAAGCCAGGUUUGUGGAUUUUGGCGGCCAAAUGGGAAAUGGAAGACCGCUUUUCUGCAGAAAGUGCAAGACAGCUAUUUCUUCGGGCUCUGCGCUUUCACCCACGUUACCCGAAACUUUAUGAAGAAUACUUUAGGAUGGAGUUGAUGCAUGCUGAAAAAUUGAGGAAGGAAAAACAAGAGUUUGAAAAAGCCGACAUGGAUGUGGGGAAUCUCGAGCAUGCUGAAGAAGUCCUUAAGGGCGAGUUGGCACGGAUCGUCUAUAAGAAUUCUAUAAGUGUAAUUAAAAGUGCAAAAUUUCAUGUGUCACUGCUUUCAAUUGCACAGCUGUUCGACUUUGCCAAAGAUCUGCAAAGAGAAAUUUACAAUGACCUUAAGGCUCUGCACACAGACGACCCCCUUACUUGGGACUAUGUGGCCCGGCAAGAAUUAGUGAUUAAAUCACAGCCAGGAGAAGAGCUGCCUACAACUAAACAAGCCAAAGCGAAGGAGGUGGGCCCCCGGGAAGAGAGGUGCUGUGCUGUGUACGAGGAGGCGGUAAAAACUCUGCCCACAGAGGCUAUGUGGAAGUGUUACAUGAACUUCUGCAUGGAGAGGUUUACUAAGAAGACAAGCAGUCGCCUCCUCAGAAAGAAGAGGCUGGAAAGAACCAUGGCUACAUUCUGGAAGACACAUGAGCUGAAACUUUUACCAGAACUCCAGUACAGGCAGUUGAGCAAGUUGUUGCUGUACCGAGAGUUGUUAAAGGAAUCCCUGGAGGUGGCAGACGCUGGGGUGAAAUUGUUCAGAAAAUCAGAGGAGAUGUGGCACGUGAAGCUGGAGGCCAUGAUUUCGUCAAAGAGCCAGGAGAUAAGCAAGGUUUUUAACCAAGCCUUUGAGUACCUGAAACCCCAGAUUUGUCUUCCAUUGUGGUUUAUUUGGGCACAGUGGAGUGAAGAGGCCGGAAAGCAAGAAGAAGUUGAAAUGAUCUAUAAGAGAGCUGUCUUUCGUCUCCAAGGAGAUGACUCAGCCACUAUGAAGGAAAUGUACCUGGCUUGGGCUUAUCGAAGUGGUGGUUACAAAAAGGCCAGAGAUGUAUUUAAAAGUUUACAGGAAAACCGUCCAUUUUCAGUUGAUUUUUUCAGGAAGAUGAUUGAGUUUGAGAAGGAGCAAGAAUCCUGUAAGAUGGAAAACUUAAGAGAGUAUUAUGAGAGGGCUUUGAGAGAAUUUGGAACUGUCGAUUCUGAUCUCUGGAUGGAUUACAUCAAAGAAGAAUUGAACCACCCACUUGGUAGACCUGAGAACUGCGGACAGCUCUAUUGGCGAGCCAUGAAAAUGUUGCAGGGAGAGUCAGUAGAGCAGUUUAUGUCUAAACAUGCUCUGCAUCAAGCCGGCCGUUUGUGAAAAGAGGAAGAGCACAGUCACCUUUGUGAAAUAGUGCUAUAAGCCCUCUGGGCACAUUUGUUUUAUGCAGUCAUCUGCAGUUUGCCGAGAUGGUGUCUCAUUUUGAGGCCUGCUUUAAUUUUGUUGACGUGUUAAUCUUGAAUUCCAGAAAAGAGAGCUGCUGUUUAAUGGCCAGAAACCAGUUGUUGAGGCCAGACUAUGUAGGUCCUAAAUGUUUUUCAGAAUACAUGGAAAUGAUGUAACUGAUCUUUUACUACACUUGGUCAUGCUUGAGUAGCUCUAAUCUAGACCUCUGUUCAGUUAAAAUGGGGAUGAAAAUACAGUUCUGUUUUCUCCUUAUAGAAGUAUAUGUGGUAUGCAUUUAUUGUAAAAGUAAGGAGGGAAUAGAGUAAUGUUGUAAUCUUGUCAUCUGGACUUAACUCACUGGUAUGAUUUCCUUUGUUAGAAUUGGAUUUAUACUGUUAGGUCAUUUAUUCAUUCAUUCAUUGAGUCCCUGUCAUGGGCAAGAAAGAAGACAAGCUUUUGGGAUGGAAGUGGGGAUGAAAGGAAUAGAGCUGAUGUCCUGAGUUGGUUGAAGCAGCAGAAGAGGAUGCUAGGUAUUAGGGAAAAAGUUGUUCUUUGAGAAGAUUUUAAGAAAUUACAAAAGUGUUUUUGUCUCUGGGACUGAUCUGGAGAGAAAUAAUUACACUGGAGAGACC